UCAAGAGGAAUGUUAAGAUUUAUUUAAAGCAUUUUACCCUGUUUAUUUGGGCAAUAAGAUCCUUGAAGGGACUUUGAUCAAAUUUCUUCAAAGAUUAACAGAUAUCCUCUAAUAAUACAUCAGUUUCUUCUGAAGCAGGUAUUUGCUAAACUCAUAGCAGGGUGUUGAAUUCUAAAGGAAUUCUACCAUUUCCUGGUCUUUGCUGUAGGUUUCCUUAAGACAUACUGCUGACAUCACAAAGUCUCCUCUCAGAUUCCUCCCCUCCCUCUGGUUUCCUCAUUCAGGAAUUUGGUCAGCUUUGCCCCUCCUUGGCUUUAGGAAAGCUGUGAAGACCUACUUGUUCCUUCUUGCAAAGAAGAAGGGUACACUAUGAUCGAAGGUCUGAGGAACAGGUAAUGGAAGCAACACAGAGCAGUAUGUCACAAGCCCCGCUAGUCAAUAGCAGCAUCAGUGCUAAAAUGAAAAGAAACAAACCUCGUGUGAUGUCCAAAAGUGGCCACAGCAAUAUCAGGAUUGACAAGGUAGAUGGUAUUUACUUGCUUUAUCUUCAAGACCUGUGGACCACAGUUAUUGACAUGAAGUGGAGAUAUAAACUUACAUUAUUUGCUGCUACUUUCAUCAUGACUUGGUUUCUGUUUGGAGUUAUUUACUAUGCCAUUGCAUUUCUUCAUGGAGAUCUGGAAGAGAGAAAAUACUCUCACAAACAUGUCCCCUGUGUCAUGAAUGUAGAUUCUCUAACUGGAGCAUUUCUCUUUUCUUUGGAGUCCCAAACAACCAUUGGUUAUGGCUUCCGGGUUAUCACUGAGGAGUGUCCUCAUGCCAUUUUUCUCUUGGUGGCUCAAUUAGUUCUCACCACAUUGAUUGAGAUUUUCAUUACUGGGACUUUCCUGGCCAAAAUUGCUAGACCUAAAAAAAGAGCUGAGACCAUUAAGUUCAGUCAUUGUGCUGUCAUAACCAAACACAAUGGACAGCUUUGCCUAGUGAUCCGUGUAGCAAAUAUGAGAAAGAGCCUCCUGAUUCAGUGUCAGCUGACUGGAAAGCUUCUUCAGACCUAUGAAACCAAAGAAGGAGAAAGGAUUCUGCUAAACCAAGCUAGUGUCAAAUUCCAUGUAGAUUCAUCAUCAGAAAGCCCUUUCUUGAUUCUACCUCUGACUUUUUAUCACAUAUUGGAUGAGAGCAGCCCUUUAAGUGAUCUUACACCCCAAAAUCUAAAGGAAAAAGAUUUUGAACUCAUUAUCCUCUUGAAUGCCACAGUAGAAUCAACAAGUGCUGUCUGCCAGAGCCGAACGUCAUAUAUUCCAGAGGAGAUCUUCUGGGGUUUUGAGUUUCUGCCUGUGAUUUCUCUUUCACAGAAUGGAAAAUAUGUUGCAGAUUUUAGUCAAUUUGAGCUGAUCAGAAGAAGUGUUGAUUUUACAUUGUACAGUAUGGACCCUGAAAAGCAAAAAUUGGAAGAGCAAUAUAGAAAGAAAGACCAAAAGGAGAGAGAACGCAGAACCAUGUUGUUACAACAAAGCAAUGUUUGACUGCUCAGAUAUAACAAAUUAUAUAAAAAUGAUUAUACUGUAUGUAGUAAUACACUUCUAACUGAAAGUGGAAAGACAACAACGUUUUACCCAAACACUAUGAUUUUAUCAGAAUACUUUGUUAAUUCUUUUUCAGUUUUUGUGUAUCAUAUGCCACAACUGAGGAAAAUGGCAUUGGAAGUAUAGGACCCUGCCUUAAUUUGAACAAGAGUGUUAUUGUGACUGACAGUGGCAUACCAGAGUUUCAGACAGGGAAUUUCACUAGCACUGUCUGGAACUGGAUCCAUGACAACUCUUGGCAUUUUUCUUCAGUGCUGAAAUGGAGUGGGAUUGUUGGCACACCAUGCACUGUGCUGCCAAUGACUUCAUGAUCUGCAUCACUAGUGAUGAACUGAGCUAUUUUUCUCCUGUCCACUAUAACACAGGGUAGAAUGUCAGAAGGUGACUUCGACGCCACCUUCUGCUCCACCUUAAUUCUUCCCUCCCUCCCCCCUUGCCCUUAGAGACAGGUUAUGGUUAGCAUGUCCAUCCCCAGAGCUUUACCCUCUUCCUUAGUGUUUGACAUAUGACAGUUGAGCAAUUGAUUAUCACUGCCUGAAGUUUGAUAUAUUGGACAUAUUUUUCCAAAUAUAAAAAUCUAUAUAGGUGUUUCUUUGAGAUAUGAAUAGAUCUAUAUCAGAAGAAGAGUAAGAGGCAUGCAUGCAAACUGGAAAACUGACUUGAAGAUUUCUCAAGUCAUGAGGAUCUGAAAUAGAUUUGGAGGGGCAUGCAGUGAACAGGCUUAUGAAUCUUCAAAAAUUGGGAACUCUGAUAAGGCAGGGUUCAAACAUACCAGAAGCCUUCACAGAAUGGUCAGCUGAUGUAAUGGUAUGUGGGAAUGACCUUGAGAGGUGAGGGGAAGAGAUGUGCCUAGGGAAUGAUCAGGUAAAAGGGGAAGGACCCUGCAGCUGAAUAACAGGCACAGAAAAACUUAGAAAGGAUCUGCCCUGACUCAUCAGGCUGUAAAAAGAGAUGACUGGAGAUUUAUACUUUCAGACUUGCAAGAUUCUGUUAAUGU